UUCUUCCUGAAGUAAUUUCUCUGUGGUCAAAACGACUGUCAAAAGGAGGCCCCAUAAUCUUGGGCAGGAUCACACUCUAUGGCACAUUCUUUUCACUUACAAGGUGACAAAAGCAUGCGCUCAAAAAAGCCCUAGAAAAAGCUUCCGCGCACGCAGCCGACCAUGCCGUCUGGGAGAAGAAGAAAAGCUUCCACCAAUCCAUGCGCUUCUAGAACCUGCGGUGGUGCGCCACAUCGCCCAUCCAUCUUCUCCCGCAUAUAAAAUGGCUCUUGCCAAGCAUGAACUCGCCAUCAAUCGAUCGACAAAUCGAUCUCUUUCCAAAACAUUCAGUAGUAGUUUACUGAUCAACUCUGCAUGGCUUCCUCUGCAGCUUACUUUGCUUUCUCUGUGCUUGUGGCUUUACACUUGUGUUGCUGUCAUGGACAAGCUCCUGAUGCUGCUGGUAAUAGCAGUGAUGUAACUGCGAUCUAUAGCCUUGGUGACUCCAUCACUGACACCGGGAAUCUGAUCAAGGAGGCGCCUCCUGGCAUGUUUGAGACCAUCAAGCAUCUCCCGUAUGGCAUCACGUUUGGGUACCCGACUGGACGCUGCUCUGAUGGCCUCCUCAUGAUCGAUUUCCUCGCUCAGGACCUGGGUCUUCCAUUUCUGAACCCUUACCUGGGCAAGAACAAGAGCUUCGACCAUGGAGUAAACUUCGCCGUCGCUGGAGCCACUGCAAUGGACCCUACCGAUCAGUUCAACGGGAGAUUCUUCGCGCCUUUCUCUUCUAACUCCCUUAAUGUGCAGCUUAGGUGGUUCAAGGACUUCAUGAAGUCCACCUUCAGCACUGAAGAAGAUAUACGCAAGAGGCUCCAGUCUUCUCUGGUUUUGAUUGGGGAGAUUGGAGGGAACGAUUACAACUACGCCUUGUUUGGAAAAAGUGUCAGCGAAGUGGAGAAGCUAAUCCCAAGUGUCGUUCGGACCAUCAUAGAUGCAGCCAAGGAAGUUCUUGAAAUGGGCGCGAACAGAGUCAUCAUCCCGGGCAACUUCCCCAUCGGCUGCAUGCCGACCUACCUGACCAGCAAGCGCUCAUCCGAGCCGUCGGACUACGACGCCACGGGCUGCCUGCGCGAGCUCAACCGCUUCGCCGCCAAGCACAACGCGAGGCUCCGGCGCGCCAUCGCCGACGAGCUCCGGCCGUCGUACCCGGCCGCGGCCGUCGCCUACGCCGACUACUUCAACUCCUUCCUCGCCCUCCUCGACGCCGCCGGCGAGCUCGGCUUCGACGCGGGCAGCGCGCGCAGGGCGUGCUGCGGCGCCGGCGGCGGCGAGUACAACUACGACCCGAGGAGGAUGUGCGGCGCCGAGGGGGCGGCGGCGUGCGCGGAGCCGGAGAAGUACGUGAGCUGGGACGGGGUACACAUGACGCAGGCGGCGUACAGGGCGAUGUCGAGGCUCGUCUACCAUGGGAUGUACCUGGAGCCGCAGAUACUGAGUCUCGCGGAUGCGCCAUAGAUCUCCUGAGGCUGGAGAGUGUGUCGUCAUGCAGAAGCUGAGACGAAGAUGAUGGAGCUAAUUUUGAGGCUUCUUCUCUCUGAGUUCAUCUGCUCAGAGAAUUUUAUUUGAAAAAAUUAUAAAAAAAGACAAGUAACGCAUAAAGUAUUAAUCAUAUUUUAUCAUCUAGCAACAAUAAAAAUACUAAUUAUAAAAAAAUUUCAUAUAAGAUGGACGGUCAAACGUUGGACACGGAAACCCAGGGUUUGACUUUUUUUUGGGACUGAGGGAGUAUGUAGUAUCAGUCACAGUCAGUCGUACUAGCAUUUAUAUGCUACUACUACAUUACGACUUACUAUGUACUAGUAAUAUGUACUCUCUCUGUCCAAGAAAAUAGCAAUCUAAAAUUGGAUAAGAUGUAUCCGUACUAUGAAUCUGGACAACCCUCUGUCCAAGUUCGUAUCCGUCCCAUAAUAUAGCAAACUAAAAUCUGGACAGUCCAGAUUCGUAAUGCUA